AUGGGUCUCCUUCAGAGCUGUUUUGCUAGAAAUAAUAAAGUUGGCGUGAUGAACGAAGAAAUGGAAGCGUACGAGAAAGUACGAAAAACAAUGGUCACACAGGAAGUGACAGAAAAGCAAGGUGGCGUGGCUUUUGAUCUUACAUUUGUGUCUGAGGAAACUCCUAAGAUGCCUCCACCAAGAUUACUCGAGAACAAAAAGGAGAACUUUGAGAAAUGGCGAGAGUCUCAAGAGAAGGCCCAGGCCCAGAAGCAGGAGCGGGCUCAACAGAAAAGAGAGGAGGUCCGUAUCCAGAAAGAGAUCGAUGUCGCCCACAAGGAGAUGGAGAGGCUCGAGAAAUACAUCAACCUUACUGCCGAAUAAAUUUAACUCCUGAUUCAAUGCUUUAGCUAUAUAUAUGGACAAUUAUUCUGAUAUUUGCAAAUUCAUUUUUCCGAAAGAUUGGUACCAAAGAGAGGACACACGGGCUCCUUUAUUUUGA